AUGACAACUGCGUCUGCACAGCCCAUUUCCAUGCGUCCAUUCGAACUGCUCCAUGAGGAUGUCUCGGAGGCUGUGAAAAUGGAAGCUAGCGAUACAUGUCAGCUGCACAUUGAACAGAUUGAGGAUAUCUACCCGUGCACCCCGCUUCAGGAAGGAUUGAUUGCAAUGAGCAUGAAGACCCCGGGGUUCUAUAUCGCGCAGGCUGUGUACGAGCUCCACCCCUCAACCGAUGUCGCUCGGCUCCAACAGGCGUGGGAGCAAACCUGUCAAGCGAAUGCAAUUUUGCGAACUCGAAUAAUUGAUAUCCAGUCCAGAGGGCUUUUCCAGGUCGUGCUAACCUGCGGGGAUACGUCGUGGGAGACGAACCAAGGAUUCACCAGGUAUAAGCCCAUGAGUCCAGUGCUUGGUUCACCGUUAUCGCAAGUGCAAAUUGUCCAAGAGGGUUCCUCCACCUUAUUCGUGCUCACCAUUCAUCAUGCCAUCUGUGAUCGAUGGUCGAUCCAUCUUCUGAUUGAGCAGCUCGGGAGGGCGUUUACGGGCGAAAAGCUGCCCAAACAAGGGUUCAGCCAGUUUAUACAGCAUAUAGGUCGAGUUCAGGACUUAGAGACCUUCUGGAGGUCUGAAGUGGCGGAUAUACGAAGCACUCAGUUGUUCCCUGAUCUCCCUUCUCCCGGGUAUGCGGUGGUUCCCGACCAGCAACUAAGCUUUUCUAUUCAAACCCCCUCGGCUGCCGACGAGGAGCUUAGUCUUUCGACUCAUAUCCGCCUCGCCUGGGCCCUAGCCUUGAUGAGUUGCACCAACUGCACAACCUCGGUGUACGGAAUUACACUGUCAGGACGCAAUGCGCCUGUUCCAGGCAUAGAACAGAUGGCAGCCCCGACCAUUGCCACUGUUCCCCUGGUUACUCGCCUGGAUAGGGUGCAGACUGUCCGUGAUGCGUUGAAAAUGGUUCACAAACAGUCGAUCCGUAUGAUACCAUAUGAGCAGGCAGGGCUGCAAAACAUUCGGCGGCUCUCAUCAGAUGGAGAACACGCAUGUCGCUUCCAGACGCACUUGGUCGUGCAACCCGCCCUUGCGGAUGAGCCUACCGGACGGUUCCAGGCACGACAACAAGGAUCCACGAUCAUGGGGGGGUUUGCCACCUAUGCUCUGGAGCUGGAGUGCUUUCUCUCCCGGGAUAAUAGUGGGUUUGAGAUGAUCGCGACCUUUGAUCCAUCCGUUAUCAGCUCUAAUAUGGUGACCCUGCUCUGUCAGAGCUUUCAGCAUAACCUACAACAAACCCGUCUUCAUCCAGAACUUACCCUAGAUCUGCUUUUCAAGACACUCUGUCCGCAACAUCUCCAGCAGUUGCAAAACUGGAACAACAGUUCGUAUCCUGCACUUUCAUCGACAACAGUGCAUGGGGCCAUCGAUAAGCGUUGCUCGGAACAACCACACAGGCCGGCUGUGUCUUCAUGGGACGGCGAGCUGACAUAUAAACAACUGAAUUCCCUGGCGACGAUUUGGGCCGCCCGCCUAUCCCGAUGUGGCGUGAAACGUGGGAUGAAGAUCCCUCUCUGCUUCCACAAGUCAAAGUGGGCUCCAGUUGCAAUGCUUGCUGUACUCAAGACCGGUGGUUCCAUUUGCUAUAUAGACCCGUCCCUCCCACUCUUGCGUAUUAGAUCAAUGUGUGAGGACAUCGGGGCUUCCGUCAUAGUCUCCUCCCGGAGCAACGAGGGCCUCAGCGAGAGCCUAUCAGACCAGGUUGUCGUUAUCCCUCAAGAUGACACCCAGGAAGAUUAUAAAGACUUGGACCUCUCCCACUGGCGUUGCCCUGAUGUUUUCAGCAACGACCCUCUCUACACAGCGUUCACUUCUGGGUCGACCGGAAGACCCAAGGGUGUUACGAUUGAACAUGGAAUGUACUUGGCUAGUGCAUUGGCCCACGCGGAAUUGAUUGGUAUAAGACCCAACAGCCGAGCACUCCAUUUCUGUUCAUACUCCUUCGACGUCAGUUAUCUCGAACAAUUUUCCGUCCUGAUUGCAGGCGCGUGCAUAUGCAUCCCGACGGAAGAAGAACGUCAAAGCAAUCUUGCCCACGCCAUGGCUCGACUGAAUGUGGAUUGGGCAAUGUUGACCCCGUCCGUUGCUCGAGUUCUCUCGCCUAGAGAAACAGUAGGUUUGAAAACCUUGGUCCUUAUAGGUGAGCCUGUGUCUGCAUCAGACGUGGAGACAUGGAGUGACAGUGUGCGGCUCAUAAAUACAUAUGGGCCAGCCGAGUGCUCUGUGGUCUCUAGCAUCCGAGCACCCGUCCGGCGGGAUAUACACCCGUCUAACAUCGGGUAUCCGUGCUGUUCCCAUUGGGUGGUUGACCCGAGGAAUGCAGACCGGCUGAUGCCAAUAGGUGCAAUUGGCGAGCUACUCAUCGAGGGCCCUAUCGUGGGUACAGGGUAUAUUAACGCCCCCGAGAAGUCUGCAGAUGCAUUCAUCGAGCCUCCAAGCUGGCUUCAGAGUCUUCGGCUGGAUGUUCCAACGCGAGUUUACAAGACUGGCGAUCUCGUGCGAUAUGAUCCCUCUGGAGAUGGAUCGCUCUGCUUCAUUGGACGAAAGGACAACCAGGUCAAGCUACAUGGACAACGGUUGGAGCUCGGCGAUGUGGAGGGGCAUUUGCGUGACUGCUUUCCAAAUGCUAGGGAUAUUGUGGCAGAGUUAAUCAAGCCCAAUCACUCUUCCUCGACUGGACCCUACCUGGCAGCAUUCGUCCACCACAGAGAUGCGCAUGAAGGAGAAGGGAAGCUGCUGGCACCUCCAAACGCAUCGUUUCAUCGGGAUGUCGAAUCUGCCAUGGUCACUUUGCGUCAACGACUACCCAGCUUCAUGAUCCCGCAUAUCUUCCUUCCCGUGAAGCAAAUACCGCGCACCACGAAUGGGAAGGUUAGCCGUCGAGAGCUGCAAAUGGCGCUUGCAUCAUUACCGUCUACCACGCUGGAGCCCUAUAGGUCUGACAGGAAGCCUAAGUCAGCCCCGUCGACUUCCAGGGAGGAAGCUCUCCGCCGCAUCUGGGCUGUCCAUGUCAGCAUGCAGCCAGAGCAAAUUGGAGUGGAUGACAAUGUCUUUCACCUAGGCGCAGAUUCUAUAACUGCAAUGCAUGUCGUUACUGCCGCAAGACAAGAAAAGCUCCAACUUACCGUGGCUGAUAUAUUUCGUUAUCCAAAUAUUCGUGAAAUGUCGCUUCGGCUGCAGGCCUUUUGCGACGACACAUCUUCAGUACCGCCUCCCCUCAGCUUAUUGUUAGAAAACGAUGAACCAGUGGAUAAUAUACUUGCGAGCUGCGCACAGGAAUGCCAGAUACACCAGGACGACAUUGAGGAUGUUUAUUCCUGCACCCCUCUACAGGACGCCCUGUUCGUGGGAGCAGCUGUAGGCCAAAGGCGGAAAAAUCGACCGACGUACGUGGCGCAAUGGGAGUAUUCCCUCCAUCAAAACAUCAACAGAGACCAACUCCAGGAAGCCUGGGAAUAUAUCUAUCGCGCAAAUCCCGUUCUGCGCACCAGAUUUGUGCAAUUGGCGGGCGGAAGCCUCUACCAGGUCGUUGUCCGAGAAGCUGGGCGCUGGGAAACCUGGUGCGGACGGGAUGAAUACAGUCAAGCACUGGGCUCGAUGGUCCUCGGACAACCAUUGGUAAGGCUUGCCUGGGUUCAAGACGGGAAAACGCAAAAGCUGGUUCUCACCAUGCACCACGCUGUUUAUGAUGCCUGGUCCAUACCCCAACUCUGGUCGCAGGUUGAGAACGCAUACCACAAUCGAACCGCACCGGUAGUCCCGACCCCAUUCGCCUCCUUCGUGCGUUACGUUCGUUCCGGGCAAAAUAUCGAGGCAAGUCGGGAUUUCUGGGUGUCACAAUUCGCUGAUCUAGAGGCGGUGGUGUUCCCCUCCAUGUCCUUGGGCUCGUACGAGCCUUCCGCAACAAAGGAUUUACAGAAAAUGGUUCAGCUGGGUCAAUCUACCAGCCAUGAAUUUACCCAGUCCACUCUCAUCCGGCUCGCGUGGGCCUUCGUUCAAUCGCAAUAUCAGUGUACGUCAGACGUCGUGUUUGGCGUCACCUUAUCUGGGCGACAUGCCCCAAUCCCUGGCAUUGAGGCGAUGACCGGUCCAACCAUAGCAACGAUUCCGUGGCGAGCCAUUGUCCAUUCCAAUCGGCCGAUUAGGGAAUUACUAGAGCAGGUCCAGAGACAGGCAUCUGAAAUCAUCCCUCACGAGCAGAUGGGUAUCCACAACAUUCGAAAGAUGAGCUCAUAUGCGGAGCGUGCCUGUUCCUUUCAAACAUUGCUGGUGGUGCAGACGGGCACCAAUUCAAGCUCUAUGGCAUCUACUAUCCUUGAUGGGGUCGAAUCGACAGUGGGCGCAUGCGACUUCUGCACUCACUCUUUGACUAUAGUCUGCAAUCUGGUGCAGGGUGGAAUCCAGAUCCAGAUGCUAUUUGAUCCAACUAUCAUCUCGGGGUCUCGUGUGGGAAACAUAUUAGGCCAGUUUGCCUACAUCCUCCAAUUACUUCAUGACAGCAACACGAAUUUUGAGAGACGACUGCAGGACUUCCCUCUAAUUAGCCCGCAGGAUAUUUCCGUUUUAAAUCACUGGAAUCGAGAUUUGCCCGCGACUGUGAACCACUGUGCACACGAGCUAUUCCGCAAGAGGUGUUUCGAAGCCCCUAACGCCCCUGCCGUCAGCGCGUGGGAUGGGAAAUGGACCUACAGCGAGCUGGAUGUAACCUCAAGCGCACUGGCCAAAGCUUUGGUCCAGCAAGGCGUUGAGCGGGAGAUGUUCGUUCCUGUAUGUAUGGCGAAAUCUCGCUGGGUUAUAGCAGCAAUGCUCGCAAUUCUCAAGGCCGGUGCCGCAUUUGUCCUGUUGGAUCCAACGCACCCUGUCCAGCGACUCCAAACCAUCUGCGAGAGUAUUGGAGCAGAAGUGGUGGUUACAUCCCAUCAAUAUCUGGGACUCGGAAAGUCUCUCGCCCCUCAAUGCUUUGUUCUCGACGAGCAACAACUGUCAUCCCUGGGAAAUAUUUCGCACGAUGAUUUCCCUGCACUCUCUCCCUCUUCUGCAAUAUACGCUGUAUUUACGUCCGGCUCGACCGGAACCCCAAAAGGGGUUGUCAUUGAGCACCGUUCUUUCUGCUCCGCGGCUUUGGCAUAUCUCCCCCAGUUAGGUAUCGCCCCGGGUGCCAGAGUGCUGCAUUUCGCGUCAUAUGCUUUUGAUGUCAGCAUCAUGGAAACGCUCGCUACUCUUGUUGGAGGAGGCUGCAUCUGUAUACUGUCGGAUUCUCAACGCUUAAACGGGUUCUGUGAGGCCGCAACGUCGUUGGGAGUGACUCAUGCCCUGCUGCCGCCUUCUUUAAUCCGAUCGCUUUCCCCAUCAGAGCUUAGGACUAUCAAGACCCUGGUGCUGGGCGGAGAAAAAAUGGCCGCGGCUGAUAUCGACAACUGGUCCAGAGAAGUUCGUUUGAUAAAUGCAUAUGGGCCUGCGGAGUGUGCGAUCAAUACGCUCCUGCGGGCGAAUAUUACUGCCUCCGUUGAUGCGGCCAACCUUGGUUUCGGUACCGGAGUAGUAUGCUGGGUAACAGAUCCUGAUAAUGUCGAGCAACUCGUGCCCCUUGGAGGGGUGGGUGAAUUGAUACUUGAAGGACCUGCAGUGGGCCGUGGGUAUCUCAAGGACCUCGAGAAGACUGCUGCAGCAUUCAUCGACACCCCAUCAUGGCUGUUGACCUUACGAGGGAACCACCCAGGGAGACUAUACAGAACCGGUGAUCUUGUGCGCUAUGUUGAUGAUGGUUCACUGGUCUAUGUAGGUCGCAAGGACUCCCAGGUGAAGCUGCGCGGACAGCGGAUCGACCUUGGAGAGGUCGAGAGCUAUCUGCGACAUAAUUUCAACGCGCAGGACGUUGCAGCGGAAGUCAUCAUUCCACAAUUCUUACCUAGUGCACCUUUACUUGCGGCAUUCGUAUUAUUCGCGGCGGAUGCCCGGAAAGGUGAUCGGGAAUCUCUCUCUGUGCUUGGUAACCCAAACGCAACCUUUCAUCAGGAGGUCGAGGCUGCAACAACCAAACUCCAUCAGUUGCUCCCAAAAUAUAUGAUUCCGACAAGGUACUUUCCUUUGAACAGGAUGCCUCGGUUACCUUCUGGUAAGAUCGAUCGACGGUGUCUGCAACAGAGCGUGGCUAUCCUUUCCGCGGCUGAAAUGGAGCAAUUCCAGCCCAUGGCCUCCGAGAAGCGAGAUCCCUCAACAAAUGCCGAGCGCAUUCUGCAGCGCAUUUGGGCGGAAGUUCUCAGUCAACCUCUUGAUAAGAUUGGGGUGGAUGAUAGCUUUUUCCAUUUAGGGGGUGACUCCAUCGGGGUCAUGAAAAUGGCUGCAAUGGCACGAGAGCAAGGAGUCCAGAUCAGUGUUGCUGACGUUUUUGCCCAGCCAGAGCUGAACUCUCUCGCGUUUUCUUCUCAAUCUCAGUCAGCUCUGGCAAUAUCCCAGCCGCGACGCUGGGAGCCUUUCUCUCUCUCAGGAGUGAACGAUUUACAUGCGUUUUCGAAACGUCUGUCUGCCCAGGGAAUUGUUUUGGCUGAUCCUGAUGAGAUUGAAGACAUCAUCCCUGUCAGCGAAUCUCAAUCUCUCUUCCUUCGUCGGGAUGUCUUACAUUACUUCAGUUUCGUGCUGGAAGGAUGUCUGGAUAUAUCUCGGCUUCAAGCUGCCCUCCGCGCUGUCACUAACAAGUAUUCUAUCCUGAGGACUUGCUUCAUUCCGCAAGGCCACAGCUACCUUCAGAUAGUUCGGCGAAGCAUACCGCUUCCUUUCACGCAUGUUGUCGGACAUGCAGAUAUCAUGAACACUUGCAGUGACAUCUGGAAAAAGGACUCUGCAACAUGGAAUGUAGUGAGAGAAGUGCCUUUUCAGUUAAUCCUAGUCUCUGAGUCAGCGUCACCCACAAGACAUGCGCUCUUGAUACGGCUUCUGCAUGCUCAGUGGGAUGGUGUUUCCUUACCGUAUUUGUUCCGAGACAUCGAAGAGGCAUAUAAAGGCCACACGAUUCGCCCUGUAUCCAGCUUUGGCGACUUUCUCUACGCCCGUGAGAUAAAGAAAUCAGCAGCUACGUUCAGCUUCUGGCGAGAGUUCCUACACGGUGCAUCCAUGGUCACUCUUCCAUCCAGCCUAAAAUGUCCCAAAACACCUGCAGACGACCCCGCAACCGUGUGGGUUAUGAAAGAACUCCAGUCGCCCAGAUCGCCGCCUCCGGGCAUUACAAUGGCCACUGUUGUCAAAGCCGCGUUCUCUCUCGUGAUGUCAAACCUUAUCAAACAGACUGACUUCGUCUUCGGACAGACAGUCAAUAGCAGGAGCUUCUCCUUAGAUGACAUUGAUAAAAUCCUGGGACCCUGCUUGAAUCUGAUACCUUUCCGCAUCCAACUCGAGGACGGCUGGAAAGUCAAGGAUCUCCUCGACCAUGUCCAGCAACAGCACACUCUGACGAUGGCUCAUGACUACCUGGACUUUGGGGACAUCGUCGACAAGUGUACAGAUUGGUCUCCCGAAACCAAAUUCAGUUGUAUUCUGCAGCACCAGAAUAUUGAGCGAAACCACCACCUUGCGCUUGAUGAGAGCAUACGAUCCGAUUUCAAACUCUUCCCUCGCUUCCGUCCCCUCUCAGAGCUGUGGAUUUUUUCUGUGCCCGAGGCGUCCAGUCUAGCUAUUGAGGUCUGCACGCGCUCCUGUACAUUGAGCCAGGAGAGUGCGACGUUACUUGCUGAAGUCCUCUGCAUGGCGGUAGAACAGCUUUUGCGUUGUCCCAACGGCUCCAUGUGUGACAGCGUCUUGGCCAUUCAGGCCAAGAUGUUGAAUUUCCCUACCUAUUUCUCUACACAGAGGUAG